AUGGUGAUUAUUGACUAUUUCCCCAGCAACCCACCACACCAUCUUUUAGCUUUGCAUCUUAGUGAAUGCCCUGCUCUUUGCACUACAGGUAGUCAAAAACGAAGCAUUCUAGCUCAUGGGAUUCCGUGCUACACAUCAUCAAGAUUGAAGCGGUUAAGGUUUUCAACUUUUAAAGAGAGAGAAUGGCCCAAAAGGAUGGAGAAGAAGUUAAAGAGAGAGAGAGGUGCAUUUGCUCUUGCAAACAGAUUGAUAGUUGACGAAGCCCUUGCUUUGCUUGUUGUACCACAUUACAGCAACCAAAUGCUGCUAAAAGGAACCAUCCACAAAACCAAUUACCUCUUCCACAAAACUCUUGAAAACUUCAAGUACUUAUUCUCCAGAGGGUUUCAGAAGCUGCAGAAACCCACUUCCUUGAACCCCUUCUCUUGCAGGAAAGGAAACCCACAUACCCAUCCAACAGAUCGGCUCUACAUAGAUUUUUAUGAUGAGUGGCAGUCCACACUCCAUAAGGCAGCCAAGAGAAGCAUUGACAGUGGCAGUGAUAUGACAUCGAAGGGAAACAUGAAGCAAGAAGACGCAAUUGUGGCAAAACAAAGUCCUCCAAAGGCAAGACAAGAGAAGGCUGUGAAAGAGAAGAAGAAACCAGGAAUUUCCCAUCUGAGAAAAGGUGAUCUUAAGAACAAUAGUAUGAGAGGUAAUGGGUUAGUACAAAAAAUGAAGGAAUUGGAGAUGUUGGAUAGGGGAGAUAUGGAACAAGAGUUGGAUAUAGAAGAGGCAAUUCAUUAUUACUCUCGUCUCAGAAGUCCUGUUUAUCUUGAAAUUGUGGACAAGUUUUUCAUGGACAUACACUCUGAAUUCUCUGUUCCAGAACCUUCAGCUGGCAGUUUGAACAGCUCAAAGAGAAGAAUGGGGUCCAUGAGAUUAUAGAUUUCCAUCUCAGUGAGAGCUAUAUCCUUUCCUUUCCCCUUUUUUUUCCUUCCCUUUUCUGGCAAAUUUGGUUUGAUUGUAUUCCCAUAUAUUUAUUCCUCCAUUGCUUUCUUCUGAGAGUAUGCAUUUGUGUGAUUACUGAUUCGUUGCCUGCUUUUCUCCAGCUCUGUAUAAAAAUUUCAAUAAAAAUUUGAAAUUUAUAGUUCCUUGCUUUGGUUUGGAUUUCUGCAGUAUAAGUCUUGGAGGAAGAAUCUUAAACUUGGCUGAUUUGGAAAGACAUCAUAUUAUGUCACCCUAAACUUGAUUCCAUGUAAUUGUUUCACUUGUUUGUCAUU